UGCGCUGGGCUUUCGUUUCGUCCGCGCCCCGUCCUCCGCUGCUCGCCUUGGACGUUUCUGCUUCUGCUGCCGCUGAACCUUCUCUGCGCUCUCUCGAAUGUCGCAGUGAUCGAUUUCGCUUCAUGGAGUGCGGGAGCAAUCGAGCGAGCUCCGGGCGUGUGGAUGCGACUCGCUCGUCGUGGUGACGAGACAGAGGCAAAGAGAGAGGCAGGCGUGGAGGGUGAGCCUGUGCUCGGUGGAACAAGUGGGCGAGUCAUAUCGAGUCGGUGGUAGUAUCAGGGAGAGCGAUGGCAGCUGUCGUUGCUGACUGCGCCUGGCCGUCCUGUCAAUAGAGGGGUAGCGAGUGGGAGCGGAGCGGAGGGGAAGGGAAGUGAAGAUUAGGGACGGGAUGGAAGGCAUGCAGAUAGUUCUGCUGUGAAGUCCAGGGUUGAAGGGAUCGGGCGGGGAGGCAGGAGUUGUCACGAGUAUCAUGGAUGUUGAGGUUGCUUGCAAUCUUCAGGAGUGGCGAGUUCCGUGGAGCGUCGGCGCGGUGCAGUAGAACUUUUUUCUGGGAGCGUAAAAUCGUCCGGUGUUUGUAUUGCAAAGCACAAUGGCCCCGUAGUCGUGUGAAUCUCCCUGGAGUCUUGCUUCGACGACCAGAUAGGGUUGUUCGAUGGGAGAUAGGGUAUCGAAGCGGUUGCAGGGUUGAGAAUUGAGCGAGACUCGUAAGUUAGGGCGGAGUGGUUCUACAGCCAGUGUUGCGGACGGAGAAGAAUUUUGAGGAAGCAGGAGAGGAAGUGCCAGCCGAAGUAUCGUGGUGGGGCGGCACAGGUUUCAGAGCGAAACUCUUGAGGUUGGCGUAGGGAAGAGGAGGGCAUUAGCAGCUUUAGCCUGAACAGCAGAACUACAUGGAUUGGGAUACAGAUACCGAUGACUCGGAUAUGUCCUUGGGUAGUGUGGAGGAGUCCGAGGUUCAGGAGAUGGAUCGUAUAAGGAUAUGCUCAGAAUUAAGAGCGGAUGACGAGUCAUCUCACAAGCGAGUGGAUACCUCGCACAAGCGUUUGGAAGUCCUCCUGCAUUCCAGCCCCUGUGGAUUGAUUGUCACCGAUGCCUUAGAGCCGGACCAGCCUAUCAUCUACGUCAACACAGUGUUCGAGUUCAUAACAGGCUACAAAGCCGAAGAGAUUCUGGGCAAAAACUGGGUACGUCGUCGUGCAACAGAGUCCGUGUUUGGGUGGCAGGAACCUUGAACCUGCCACUUGAGGGAAAUUGAAUCUGAACUUGUCACGAGCUCGGUUUUAAACUUGGACUGCCGAGCAAAUACUCCGCGGUCGUUUUUUGCAGUGUAGGGGACCAUUCGCUCAAAGGCGCCACCCACUCGUUGACCCAACAACUGUUGCAACGAUUAAACGAUGUCUCACUGAAGGCGUGGAGUUUCGCGGUGAGCUGUUGAAUUUCAGGAAGGAUGGUACCCCGUUGAUGAAUAAGCUGUGCAUGACACCAAUACAUGCAGAGGAUGGGACAAUCACUCAUGUGAUUGGAAUUCAGUCUUUCACGGAAGCAAAACUCGAUCUUGGUCCAAUACCAUGGAAGGACUCACUGCUUUGGAGCAAGGACCAGCCUCUGAAGGAAGCGAAUGCAUACAAGAGUUCUCCCGUCGGCCCUGGUCAGUCGUCGAAGGAUGCCUGUGGUCUCCUGCAGCUCAGUGACGAGGUUCUGACUCACAAAAUCAUUGCUUACGUAGCACCGAGGGAUGUUGCUGCUCUUGGCUUGGUUUGUAGACGUCUUCACGAGAUCACAAAAAAUGAUAACCUGUGGAGGUCAGUUUGUCAAAAUUCUUGGGGUUUCGAGGCCACGAAGGCUUUGGAAUCUGUACCGGGUGCUGAUAAUCUGGAAUGGGGCAGACUUGCAAGAGAACUGACGACUUUAGAGGCAGCUGCUUGGAGGAAACUGACGGUGGGUGGUGCAGUUGAACCUUCACGCUGCAACUUCAGUGCCUGUGCAGUUGGCAAUAAGUUGGUAUUAUUCGGUGGGGAAGGUGUAAAUAUGCAGCCAAUGAAUGACACAUUUGUGCUUGACUUGAGCGUCAAACACCCUGCAUGGCAACACGUGAAUGUGAAAUCACCUCCUCCAGGCCGUUGGGGCCACACCUUAUCGUGUUUGAACAAGUCGUGGUUGGUGGUCUUUGGGGGAUGUGGAAGAGACGGUCUACUGAACGAUGUUUUCAUCGUGGAUCUGGAUGCGAAACAACCUAUCUGGCGAGAGAUCGGGGCUGGAGCUGUCGCUCCUAUCCCUCGAUCAUGGCAUAGCUCAUGCACGUUAGAUGGAACAAAGCUAGUGGUGUCAGGAGGGUGUGCGGACUCUGGUGUACUUCUUAGUGACACUUUCUUACUAGACUUAACGAUGGAGAAACCAAUGUGGCGAGAAAUCCAUGUCUCAUGGAGCCCUCCCUCUCGUUUGGGUCACACCCUCUGUGUUUAUCAAGGAUGGAAAGUUCUUAUGUUCGGUGGGCUGGCUAAAAGCGGUCCUCUGAGAUUACGGUCUAGUGAUGUCUUCACCAUAGACUUAAGUGAAGAGCAACCUAAAUGGAAGUAUGUGACAGGUAGCACCCUUCCAGGCGGAGCAGCACCAGCAGGCACGCCUCCUCCUCCAAGACUGGAUCAUGUUGCUGUUAGUUUGCCCGGUGGCAGGAUUCUUAUAUUUGGCGGUUCUAUUGCUGGACUCCAUUCUCCAGCACAACUCUUCGUUCUGGACCCGAAGGAAGAGCAAUCGACAUGGAGAGUUUUGAAUGUGCCUGGCCAACCACCGAAGUUCGCCUGGGGCCAUAGCACCUGUGUUGUAGGUGGCACUCGUGCAGUCGUUUUGGGAGGACAUACAGGGGAAGAAUGGAUCUUAAACGAGCUCCACGAGUUGUCCAUAACACAUAAGAGUCUGUCUAGCACCUGAUUGCAGGGAGUGCAUAAGUUUAGGAGAGAGUAGAGAGACAAAGUCCAGGUCGGAAAUGAGGUGUAAAAAAUUCCAUUAGAUCAUGCUUUUAUCAGAAACUGGCCGGUUUCACUUUCAAAGCGAAGUUGGAAGUGUGGCUGGACUGGCUAAAGAUUGGAUGCUUGUUAAUACUUCCUCUGGUAUAACCAACCGUGAUAUUUAUCCAAAAACUGAACUUCAGAGAACCACCCAUCGUUCUAGAUGGAAUUGUAUUUUGAGGCAUUUAAUGGACAAAUUAUC